AUGGAGCAUGCCGUGCAGUUGCCGCAGUGCAUCUUCUUCGACCUCACCGGUGCGCACCUCAGAUGCUUCGGCCCAGCUCCGGCCAUGGAGCAGACAGGCGUCCCUUACGACACUCAGCUGGCCAUCGGCUUGGAGGCGCUUCACCGAGCGAGGCUGCCGCGGACCGGUGACAUCGUUGCGUCUCGCCCGGUCCACCAGGUUGACAUGGCGGCGAUGGUGCUCUGUGAUCGCGCUGCACAAAUCGGCGACGAUGACGACGGCGGCGGCCCCGACACCGUGUCCGACGCAGGCACGUCCGGUGUUGGGGCGGUGGAUGAGGAGACGGCCGGCGGCGAGGCCGAGGCGGAGGACGACGUGGCGAGCUUGGACGAGCUCUUCUUCGACGAGACCUUCGUGAGGAAGAUCGAUGCACUGGCUGAGCUGGUGGGCAUGGAGGGCGCCUACCAGCCGGCGGCUGUGCUAGGUGAAGUCGUUCGUUUGAUCCAGGAAAUGGAGCGGAAGACCGGGCAUUGCCAUUAUGCGAGUGCGACCAGGGCCGUUCGAUCUUGA